GCAUCGCCAUCUUUUACGUCGCUGCUUGAGGAUGAAGUGAGUGUGGUCACCGUGACCCGGACUCUCUGACCUCCCUGAAAGUUCACGCGUGAACGUACGCGCACUCCCCGUGUUUUGUCCGGUCAGAAGCCGUGAACGCGUUCGCGAAGAGCGGAGCGACGGAGUGACCUUGUUAUGCAGCGAGGGAUGCUAAUGCUAGCCAAUGCUAACGACAUGCUAACGGCUAAAGGCGUAACAGCUAGCUAGACAGAGACCCCCGUUGACUGUCGCUUUAAACUAAGAUGUGUCCUCUUACACACGUGAAGAGUCCUCUCGAGUGAGUCGGUUUAUUUUAAACCAAAGGCGUAUUAUUCGUGGUAGCUAGCCGUAAACAAGAGGCUAUAUUGUGGCUGUCUGCUAGGGGUGGCCUGUGACACGAGGCGUGACCAUGCUGGCACGUCUGUUCAGGCUCCACGGCCUGCUGGUGGCCUCCCACCCGUGGGAGGUGAUCGUGGGCACCCUGGCUCUCACCGUCUGCCUGGUGUCGAUGAACCACAACCUGGCAGCCAGCAGCCAGGUGUGCAGCUGGAACGAGUGCCCCCAAGUCCAGGAGACAGUCCACAGCAGUGACGUAAUCACCCUGACGAUCACACGCUGCAUGGCCAUCGUUUACAUCUAUUUCCAGUUCAAGAAUCUGCGGCAACUGGGCUCCAAAUAUAUACUGGGUAUCGCAGGAUUGUUCACGGGGUUUUCGAGCUUCGUUUUCAGCACAGUGGUCAUCCACUUCUUUGGGAAAGAGCUGACCGGUCUUAAUGAAGCGCUGCCGUUCUUUCUCCUGCUCAUCGACCUGUCCAAAGCCUCUGCAUUGGCCAAAUUUGCCCUCAGCUCAAACUCUCAGGAGGAGGUGAGGGAGAACAUCUCCCAGGGAAUGGCCAUCCUGGGCCCCACCUUCACUCUGGACGCUCUGGUGGAGUGUCUGGUCAUCGGGGUCGGCACCGUGUCGGGUGUGCCCCAGCUGGAGCUCAUGUGUUGUUUCGGCUGUAUGUCGGUCCUGGCCAAUUACUUUGUCUUCAUGACCUUCUUCCCUGCGUGCGUGUCCCUGGUCCUGGAGUUGUCCAGGGAGAGUCGCGAGGGGCGUCCGAUCUGGCAACUGAGCCACUUUGCCCGUGUGCUGGCUGAGGAGGAGGACAACAAGCCCAACCCUGUGACCCAGAGGGUGAAGAUCAUCAUGUCUCUGAGCCUGGCCUUGGUUCACGCUCACACUCGACUAGCAGCCGAGCAGCCGGGUCAGAAUCGCUCGGCGGAGGGGGCCCCCAGCUAUGAGAUGUCCUCUGGGGGUCCCAUGAGGUCCCUGAAGCUCACCAGCAUGCACCUGGAGCAGGUGAUAACUCUCAGCCUCGCCCUGCUCUUGGCCGUGAAGUACGUCUUCUUCGAGCAGACGGAGACGGAGUCCUCGCUGUCCCUCAUGAGUCCCAUCACCAGCUCUCCUGCCACCCAGACCGCCGGCUGCAGGGGGGAAUCCCCGCCCCCGAAGCCCCGGGCGGCCCCCAGCGAGAGGGGUGAGACUGAGGGGAAGGACGAAGACGCCGAGGGGGCGUCUUUGUUGCUUUUUGCCUCGCGUGAUCCCUCCGCAGCGCCCCCCCCGCAGGGCGGCCCCCGCGCUCCUGUUCCCGAGGAGUCUCUCGCUCGGAGCAGCCGGGCGCUGGAGGAGUGUGUGGCCAUCCUCUCGGACCCCCAGAGGGGGGCCCGUUUCCUCAGCGACAGAGAGGUGAUGGACCUGGUGUCCUCGCGCAACAUCCUCAACUACAAGCUGGAAUCGGUCCUGGAGACUCCGGAGAGGGGCGUGGCCAUCAGGAGGGACAUGCUGUCCCCCAAACUGCCUGUCCGCUCUGCUUUGGCGUCUCUUCCUUAUAAGGAAUACGACUACUCGAAGGUGAUGGGAACCUGCUGUGAGAAUGUCAUCGGUUACGUCCCUGUGCCAGUGGGAGUGGCCGGUCCCCUCCUCUUGGAUGAGAAGCAUUUUUACGUUCCCAUGGCGACCACAGAGGGUUGCCUGGUGGCCAGCACCAACCGAGGAUGCAGGGCGCUGUCUCUGAGCGGGGGCUGCCACAGCAGGAUCCUCGCUGACAGCAUGACGCGGGGUCCCGUGGUGAGGCUGCCUUCGGCCUGCCGGGCGGCGGAGGUUAAAGUGUGGCUCGAGACCCCCGAGGGGUUCGGCGCCAUGCGAGACGUUUUCGACCGGAGCAGCAGGUUUGCCCGCCUGGAGAAGCUGCUGGUGGGCUUGGCGGGGAGGAAUCUGUACAUUCGCUUCCAGUCUCAGACCGGCGACGCCAUGGGCAUGAACAUGCUCUCCAAGGGGACGGAGCGGGCUCUGCAGAGACUCACCCAGCAGUAUCCAGAUGUGGAGGUGCUCUCCGUCAGCGGCAACUACUGCACCGACAAGAAGUCUGCAGCCAUCAACUGGGUUCUGGGUCGGGGAAAGUCCGCCGUGUGCGAGGCCACCGUCCCCGCCCACGUGGUCAGGGAGGUGUUGAAAAGCAGCACCGCUUCUCUGGUGGAGCUGAACAUCAACAAGAACCUGGUGGGCUCUGCGAUGGCCGGCAGCAUCGGGGGCUUUAAUGCUCACGCUGCCAACAUAGUAGCAGCCAUCUACAUCGCCUGUGGACAGGACCCGGCUCAGACUGUGGGGAGCUCAAACUGUAUCACCCAGAUGGAGGCGGCGGGGGCGGGAGGAGAGGACCUGUACAUCAGCUGCACCAUGCCCUCCAUAGAGCUGGGCACUGUGGGGGGGGGCACCAACCUGGCGCCGCAGCAGGCCUGUCUGCAGAUGCUCGGGGUCCAGGGAACCAGCGCCGGGGAGCCGGGUCAGAACGCCCGCCAGCUGGCCCGCGUGGUGUGCGCCACGGUGCUGGCCGGGGAGCUCUCCCUCAUGGCCGCCCUGGCCGCCGGACACCUGGUCAAGAGCCACAUGGUCCACAACAGAUCCAAAACAAACCUCUCAGAACCACUUUCGUCAAAGUGGUCUGCAUGACGUCACUGCUCCUCGGAGCUCCUGUAUACUGUGUAUACUGCACAUUGACAAAUAGGACAACUGGAAACUCAAAGCCAUUAAAUGUGAGGAACAUUGAUAGUGUGUUUUUCUGGAAGCUUUGUGGCCUUUUAUGUUCUAGAUAGAAUAUUCAAUUUUAAGCCAUUUCAAAGAUCUUGUCUUGUGAAAAUAAAUGAACGAUCUUCA